AUGGAGUUAACACUUGUUUUACUUCUACUACAUAUUGCCUCAGGCUUAUGCAUUAACUUGCAGUCUUUAGAAAGUUUUUUGGAAAAAAAUGCUGAGCUACAGAUAAAUGAUAAAGCAGAACAGCGGCCUGUCAAUGAAUUGAAUGACAAUCCAGAACAAGUAAAUCCAGGUCGAAGAAUAUUCAAAGUAUUACCUUUUAAGUCUAAUAAGAAAUGGAAUACAAAAUACCAAUCUCAACCCGAUAAGAGUCCUCUUACUGAAAAUAUUCCUAUUGCAAUUAUUGUAGCUGCUAAACGUGAUCAAGAUGAGUCUAAAAUAAAUACUGAAUAUGCAUAUCCACGUCAGACAUCAGAAGAAGAAGUAAUAGACAUUAAAAAAAAUAAAACACUACAUUUAACCGAUAAUAUAUCCCCAUCUUCUACUUUAAAUACCGCAAAAUCUGGAAUGGGAAGUAGUAAUGAUGUUAAAAUUAAACAUGCAAUAGAUCAUGUAAAUGAAAUAAAUAAAAGAAUACUAGAAACAAUUGCCACAAGAAAUAGUACGCAGCAUCCUAAUAAAGAUUUAAAAGAAAAGUCUUUAGAAAUAGAAAAGAGCAUAUUUAGUGAUAAAAUUAAUAAAGAUCUUAACGAGAUAGAGAUGAAAAAAAAUGAUAUGAUUCCAAAACUUAAUAUUACUGAUAAGAAAGCUAUAGAAGGUAACAAUAGUGAUGGACAUUAUUAUGAUGGUAAAUUAGUACAAAUGAAGAAUGAUAAAAAUAUUGCAAGCGAAGAAAAAGAACCUAUAGUCUUAAAGAGUACAGAUGAUCUUAUUCAUGAAAUUGAGACAAAGUUUAUUAAACCUACAUCAGAUAAUAAAAACGAAUUAGAUGACGUUAUUAAAGAUUAUAUAGAUGAAUCCAAGAUUAUAGUUGGUCCAAAUCCGCAUAAGGAUAUUGUGUACAAAGAUUUCAACUUGAUUUUUAUUUUUAAUAAA